AUGACGCUUUUCCAGAUCUCCUUUGAGGAUGUGGCUGUGGGCUUCACGUCGGAGGAGUGGCAGCUACUUAACCCUUCUCAGAAGAGCUUGUACAGAGAGGUGAUGUUGGAGAACUACAGCAAUCUAGUUUUCUUGGGUUAUCAAAUUAUCAAACCUGAUGCAAUUUUCAAGCUGGAGCAUGAAGAGCCGUGGAUAAUAGAUGAAGAAGUUCUAAGUCAGAACUUUUCAGAAGUCUGGCUAGAUAACAGUCUCAAAAUGUGGCACCAGGAUAAUCAAGACAAGCUUAGAAGUAUGGAGAGAGGCCAUGAAUAUGAUGUUUUUAGGAAAAUAUUUCAUUCAAGCAUUAACUUUGUUCAUUUAGGAAUGAGAACCCAUAAAUGUGGCACAGGUGAAAAAAGUCUGAAACAUCCUUUUGAGUUUCUUAUUCCAAAAAAUAACCGUAGAAGAAAAAAACUUGAUGAGCUCAAUAAGAAAUAUUUAUUGUAUGUCAAAGCUGAUAGAACCCAUGGUGAAAGGCCAUACUGUGAUUGCAGUAAAUGUAGGAAGGCUAGCAGGACAGGGUCGUGGCCCAUUGCAAACCGUAGAACGCACACAGGAGUCCAUUUAUGCUUGGAGUGCGGCAGCAUUUUCAGUAAGAAGUCACAGUUCAUCAUACACCAGCGGACGCACACAGGAGAGAAGCCUUACGGCUGCGGCGAAUGUGGGAAAGCCUUCUCCCAGAAGUCACUGCUCACUAUUCAUCAGAGGACUCAUUCAGGAGAAAAACCAUAUGGAUGUGGUGAAUGUCAGAAAGCUUUCAGUAGGAAGUCCCUGCUCAUUUUACACCAGAGGACGCACACAGGAGAGAAGCCCUAUGGAUGCAGUGAGUGUGGGAAAGCCUUCAGCAGGAAGUCGCAGCUCAAGAGACAUCAGAGAACCCACACAGUCGAGAAGCCCUAUGGCUGCAGUGACUGUGGGAAAGCCUUCUCCCAGAAGUUAAAGCUCAUUACCCAUCAGAGAACCCACACAGGAGAGAAGCCCUAUAAGUGUAGUGAUUGUGGGAAAGCCUUCUUCUGGAAGUCACAGCUGAUUACUCAUCAGAGGACUCACACGGGGAAAAAACCAUACGCAUGUAACGAGUGCACAAAAGCCUUCAGCAGGAACUCGCUGCUCAUCAGACAUCAGAGGAUCCACACGGGGGAAAAGCCCUAUGAGUGCAGCGAGUGUGGGGAAGCCUUCAUCAGAAAGCCACAGCUUAUCAAGCAUCAACUAACUCACACGGGAGAGAAGAACUACCAGUGCGCUGAUUGUGAAGAAGCAUUCUUUAAGAAGUCAGAGCUAAUCAGGCAUCAGAAGACUCACUUAGGGGAGAAACCCUACGGAUGCGUUGAAUGUGGAAAAACCUUCUUUGGGAAGUCACAGCUCCUAACACAUCAGAGAACUCACACUGGAGAGAAACCGUAUGAAUGCAGUGAGUGUGGAAAGGCCUUCACCCAGAAGUCAAGCCUGAUUUCACACCAGAGGACACACACAGGGGAGAAGCCCUAUGAGUGCACAGAGUGUGGGAAGACCUUCAGUGAGAAGUCAAGCCUCAUUCAUCACCAGAGAACCCAUACUGGAGAGAAACCCUUCGAAUGUAGUGAGUGUAGGAAAGCUUUUGCCUGGAAGCCACAGCUUCUUAGGCAUCAAAGAAUUCAUACAGGGGAGAAACCCUAUGAAUGCAGUGAGUGUGGGAAGGCCUUUGUUCAGAAAGUGCAGCUCAUUAAGCAUCAGAGAAAUCACACAGGAGAGAAAACCUAUGGAUGCAGUGAUUGUGCAAAAGCCUUCUUUGAGAAGGCACAGCUUGUUAUCCAUCAGAGAAUUCACACAGGAGAGAGACCCUAUAAAUGUGGUGAAUGUGGGAAGUCUUUCACUAGAAAGUCUCACCUUAUGAGGCAUCAGAGAAUUCAUACAGGAGAUAAAUACUAUGGGUGCAGUGAGUGUGGGACUGCUUUCAGCAGGAAGUCGCAGCUCAUGAUUCAUCAGAGGACUCACGUCCUCUAG